AUUUAAGAAGUCAUCUGAGACGUCGACAUCGUGCUGAUUUCUUCGAGAACAUUUCUUCCACGACAUCUGGAGUUUUGUUUGAGGCUCAAGGUACACACAUUUCAGCGCUUUCACUGCAAUAAUUGCGAACCUAAAGGGUGCAUUAAGAGUCUUGUCGCUUUGGCCGCCUUUCCGACUUUACUACAUUCAUCCACCCCCUUUACUGACAACAUACAAUUGGCAGUGGGGCACUGUAAUGGGGUUCAUACAGUUGCAUUUGAAUGGUAGCAAUUAAAGACCACACGAUAGCAUUAGAACUCAUGGUACUUUUUAUAGGGGAAUGUGUAGACAGGCAGAUGUCGGUGCAUUAAGUGUGUCACUUUGAAUGCAACAUUCAAUUCCGACCAUGCGUUGAGAUUGUAUCAGACAUUCAAAGAGUCUAUAUCAUCAAGAUAGAUUACACUCGAGCGUCAUGUAAGUAACACCGAUCAGCGAGUUUCUAAGUAUAAGUGUCUUUAAACAGGGUGGUUAUCUCAUGUCAGGUUCUUUCAUUACAAUUUCCACGCAUGUUACGGGCUUCGGUGUUCAUUUGUAACAGUGUAGCGCCAUUUCCACCUACAAAUGCUUGUACGCAUGCGCUAAAGAGACGACGGCGCUAGAAGUCUGUUUUACGGCAGUAUUGUCGUUACCAUGGUAUCACCAAAACAGUCAUGCACGUAACGUUUGCCCAUUGGAAGGAACUGAAUGUAACAUUUGGGAAUGUUUUCUAAUAUAUAAUUUGGUAAGGAAUAUGUUUCCAUGGACCCGCCGUUAUGAUAUGUCGUAAUACAUAACACUUGCUGUGGUUGGUGCAGUCAGAGCCGCCAUCUUUAGCGUUUUAAAAUGAAGCAAUAAGCCACGAGAGGCCGUGGUUUACAAUGAUUUUUCAACAGCUUAAGGGCGUUGUGAGGCACUACGCGGAGCGGACUGCGGUUGGUGCAGUCAGAUCGCCAUCUUUAGCGUAAAUCCCUAACACCGUCUCUUCAAUACAAGCUGAUAAACACUGUGGUAUAAUCGCCAUAUAGCACCGGAACCUCAGCACUUGAGCGGUAUCAUUCCGCUUUGUUUACAUGGCCAAAUACUAACACCUGUGCUCGCCUCACUUGAGUUUUAAAGCAGCUACCUUGACAGCAGGUGGAGCUAACAGCUAACACUAUGAAUGCAGACCUGAAUGGUUCUCGUGGAAAAUUGGAUUGGUUUGAGCACGAUAUGAAAACUAAAGAGGCGAUCAUUAAAGAAGAGGAUGAAUCACAACACGGGGAAGAGUGUGAGGUAAAUGCCACUGACAUUUCCAGACAUGCAAUGGUAUCGGACUUGGAACUGGAUGAACUCGAGGACUGCAGGACUGAAAGUAAGCUGACAAAGAAGCAGACAUUGUGGGCUGUGAAUUGUUUCACUGGCUGGUUGGAGUCCCAGGGGCUGCAGAUGGACCUACCUACAGUGGAGAAGACUGAGCUGAAUGGACUGCUCAGACACUUUUAUGGAUCAGUACGAAACAGCAAAGGAGAACUCUAUGGGAUUGCUAGUUACAUCGCACUGAGAGCUGGUCUUAAUCGUUACUUCAAAGAGCGUCCCGUCAGCCGCCCUGUGAGCCUAAUGAAAGAUACAGAGUUCAUCUCAGCCAACAAGGUGUUCUUGGGAGUGCUCAAGAAAAUUAGAAAGUCUGGUCGAGACAUAACAUUACACCAUCAGGCACUGUCUCCUGAUGAUAUCCGCACCCUUAGGCACUCCCGUGCGAUGGACACUGGCACUCCAAGGGGUCUUCUGAACAAAGUCUGGUUUGAUAUCCAGGUAUAUUUCGGCCGCAGAGGGAAGCAGGCCAACAGGAAUCUAAAGCCAGAUUCAUUUGUAAUCAGGAAAGACAAGAGAGGACUGAGAUACUGCACUUCAUUCUUUGGUGACGAGACAAAAAAUCCUACCAAGAAGGACAGAUGCUCUAUGUUUGAGAAACCAGGCAGUGAAUUCUGUCCUAUCACUUCUCUUUUAAAGUACCUCAGCAAGCUCCCAUCCAACGCAACAGCCCUUUACUUGCAGCCUAAGAAAGAUUUUGUAGAUGAAACUUGGUACAGCCACACCCCAUUAGGAGUCAAUUAUCUGGGUUCCAUGUUAUCUCGCAUGUCUAAAGAAGCCGGCACAUCCGUCAUCUAUACCAAUCACUGCAUCAGAAGCACACCAUUUCACCAACUAUGUGGCACGGGACUGGAGGGAAGAGAAAUUAUUCCUGUCAGCUUGCACAGGUCUGAAACCUCCCUUCAAAGUCACCAGACGCCGUCUGUCGGGAGCCGUAAGCCACGGAGCAAGAUAUUGCAAGAGAGCAAUUCAGCUGGCCCAGCAGGUUUGGAUUCAAACCAUGAAGAAUUCUUUGAGGAUGUUCCUUUUCUUCAGGCUCCUUCAAACACAAACUACGUCCCAGAUGCUGUUUUGCCGCCUGGAGAGCCGUGGCUCCACGGCGGCCCCUCGCGGGCGGCGCUGUCCCUGCCCUCCUGCCUGUUCCUGUGCGGGGACGUUGGGUCUGGGAUGUCUGGUCCUGGAUUUUCUGGCGAAGAGCAGAUGGGAGAGAUGAAAGUGUACGCCAAGUGUCACCUUCAGCAGGGCGUCAUGUUUGGGCCGUAUGUCGGAGAAAUGUGCAGAGGACAAAUGCCGACCAACCUCAAAUACGCCUGGGCUAUCAGGGACGAUGCUGCUUUUAUCUACGUUGAUGCUUCUGAUGAAAGCAAAUCUAACUGGAUGAGGUAUGUAACAUACACCAGCAGGGAGGAGGGACACAACCUGGUCAUCUUCCAGUUCUACCGCCACAUCUACUACAAGGUUUCCCAGCCCAUUACGGAGGGAGCAGAGCUAAGGGUCUGGAUCGGCAAAGAUUAUGGCACCUUGCUGGGCCUCGGUAUGGGUGACAAUGUGAAAUGUGAAGUUGGAGACAAAGAGACAGUCCUGCGCCUUCUGCAAGACAUACAAUUGGUCACCCUCCCCGAGCCCAGCAGCUCUUCCCUUUGGUCCGACCACAGCCAAUCACAGAGCCCCAUGCUUGUCAUCAGUGACGUGACAACAAUGUCAAACCCAGACGCAGCAAGUGAUUCGGGCAUGAUUUCCGGCUCUGCCUUCCCCUCCUCCCUAAUCUCCUUGCCGUCCCCGAGCUCUCAUUCAUUUGAAAAAUAUGAUUUUAUGCCUGGAACUGAGAGACUGCUGAGUAACCCAAACGCCACACAGAACAGCCCGUGGUACUUUUUUGGGUUGGAGCCGGACCCCACCGGUCGGCCUCUAGACCGUUGCACUGCAGUGUGUAAGCUGUGUGUGGAACAUGUGGGCUGUGGAGGAGGAGCAGCAGAUCUCCAAAACCAUCUGACUAGCAAGCACCACAUCAGACCACCACGCGACGUUACCAAGGAUCGGAGUUUUCCGACAAUAGGUCAGCAACGCUCACAGCCAGCGAUGGGUAACAGCGGUUUGGUCAGCACGCUCCCCCUGGUAUUCUCCGCUCAUGUGACCGAUGCCAUCUCCAACUUUCUCAUUAUGGAUCUACAGCCCCCAGCUCUGGUAGAAGGGGAUGGCUUUAAACAGCUGAUCCACACCCUCCUGCCCUCCUACAAGGAGCUGCCUUCACCGUGGCAGCUCGAGAACCUCCUGAAAGAACAUCACACCAAAGGCAAGACGAGCCUGGCUCAGCUGCUGAGGAAGAAAAUGGGAAGCAGCAAUAACGUGGACUACACUGCUCCCAUGCAGUUCGAGUCCAGGAGACGUGGGCGACCUCCCGGCCAUCGGAAGGAAGUGCCUCACUUUGUCACUUUAAGUGUGGAUGUUUGGUUGCACAACUGGCAGGGCAACACUGAGAGGUACCUCACCCUCUGGGCACAUUACGUAGACUGCAAUUUUAGUUUUCAGAACCUGGCACUGGCAACCCAAAGACUGACAGAGGGUGGUGUUAAAGACUACAGCCUUCAAGCAGUGGAAGCUCAAGUAAAAGUGAUGGCCCAGGAGUGGGGGAUCUCCAUGCCUAAUCUGGUCUUGCUGGGAGGGGAGGUAAGGAACAAGAUGAGACUGGGGCCAAUUAAGAGCGGCAAAGGUGGAGAGGCUGCAGGAAGCGUUCCUCACCCAAACUCAACAACGUUUCUCGAGAGGGACGACACUGUCUCACCCGAGGAACCACAUGGCUUGGAGCAUGGCCAUUCUAGUGAAGGACUAGCAUCUGUGCCAUGUUUCUUCAGCGCUGUGCAAGGCUGCAUUGAGGAAGUGAUGUCACACUCUGUCAUCUCCAAGACCCUGAGUCAAUUCCAGGGUGUUCUCGCUACCCUGUUCAUGCCACCUGCUCAAAACAAAGGCCUGUAUCAGUACCCCGCCCACAGUCUGUUGCAGACCCUGAAGAAACAAGAACAGGCAGAGCUGAAGUCCUGGGCUCACAGCCGGCCUGCAUGGAAUAGGCUGUACCCUCUGCUGAGCAUGCUCAUCAAACAUAAAAGCCUUUUCUGUGAUAUGCUGAAAGAGAUUAAAAGUGAGAGCUUGUCUAAAGAAGACACUGUUUCAAAAUCCAGUUCGUCUGGCAGCUGCUACGCUAACUCCACGUCCUUGGCAAGCUUUACGACUUUGCGAUCUGAAUGGAAGGUUGCGGAGGAGCUGUGUUUAGUCCUCAAACCUCUGGACGUGGCGUGUCGAACUCUUGCCAAGGAGGCAUUCCCCCGUCUGUCCCUAAUCAAACCCAUUCUCACAGGCCUGCUCUCCCGCCACCUCGUGCCGCGGACGGGAGAUUCGUCGGCCAUCCUAAAGGAAGUGAAGAGGAUGAUGAGGCGGAACUUGGCGAGCUGCUAUGAAAACCCUGUCGUCAACAGAGUUCUGUGUGUUGCAUGUUCCCUCGAUCCCCAGUUCCAUGGGCUGGGCUUCAUGGAGGACAAGGAACAGAAAGCCACCUUUGAAUGGCUGAAGAAAGAGGCCGUCAGGAUUGUGAAGGAGGACGGGAGGAGAAGUCAGAAGCAGAGCAAGAGAAGCCCCUCACCUGGGUCACCAGAGUCCGAGAGUGACUUCCUACGGAGGAGCAAGCGCCUCAAAGAAUCCCGCCCAAUCAAUUUCAGAGAGAUAGAAGAUGCAGAUGAAGAGAGUGAUGCAGAGGAGGCUGAUGAAAGCGAGCUGGCAGAUCCAGGCCCUCAGGGCGGACUCUCUGGUAUGGAGUUCCUCCUGGGAGACCUGUUCUGCUCUGCCCCCAAGAGCAGGCAGAGUUCCGUGGAGGAGUCUGUAGACAUGGAGAUGUCUGUCUUCAGAGCCGACAAGGGGGCUUCACUGGGAGUGGAGCCCCUGCAGUGGUGGAGGACGAAGGCAGUGCAGUUUCCACUGUUGGCCACAGUGGCACGGGCCUACCUGGCUGCCCCGGCAGUGGCAGGUAGCGCCGCACUAGACUUUGCGCAGGAAGGAGCGUUAGCCACGCACAAGAACAGAGCCAACAUUGCCCCAGAAAGUUUGGACUCUAUCUUGUUUCUGCACCUCAACCACAUGCCCACCACUGAGAGCGAGCCAAAAGCGGUUAGGAAUGACGACAAAAACUGUGGGAUAUAAAAGGUCCCAUUCUCACACAAACCACAUUCAUUCCUUUUUUCAAAGGCUCUGAAUUUAACCCUCUCGACUACAUGUAUGACAUUUAUCCUCCUUGUCCAGCAAAGAUUUAACAUUACACUAAAGAGAAGAAAGAAAAAACAUUUUGUACUGCGUCUAGUUUGGACUGUUCUUCUGAUCAACUUUUAACUUUUUUAUAUCAUGUAUGAAUUACCUUGUAGCGCCUAGUGCCUUACCUCUGUUGGACACAAUUAUACCCUAAUGCUAACUUCUAACAUAAAGCUGUGAUUUAGAGUGUGUAGAUUGUCAAAACAUAAAUAAGUCCUCCAUGGUAGCAUUGUGUAAAACUGUUACCAUGUGUCGUUGCUUUCAGACUCAUUCUUUUGUUUUAUGAAUCAGUAUAUCAUGAAAGAAGACUCCAAAGACUGAAUACCAAAUGCUACUUGUUUCGAACAUAAGUUGCUAAUUCAUUUUGAAUUUUACAGAGACAUUGUUCACUUGUUGUUACUGCUGUAAUUCUGAAGGUAAUUUGUUUUAUUUUUAAUAAAUAAUGUUUGACUCACCA